AUGAGUACGCGGAACCAAGAACAAGAAGCACCCCGGAGCACCACGCCCCUCAGCCCAGAAGCGUUCGCCGAAGACUUGCGACUAUUCAAUCGCUCCCCCCACCCAUACCACAGAAGCCAACGCCUCGGCUCUCAAACUCCCUCCGAACAUGGCGACCGACUUCACCCACUCUCAUCCUACUCAAGGUCCUCACGGACCACGAGCGACAGUGGCACGGAGGCAGAUGACGAAAGCACCGGUAUCCUCAGGGGUCUGCCAGCCCCUCCGCUCCGACCCAGGAAGGGUCUUCGCUCGGGCGGGAGUGGUGCCACAGAUGUUGAUCCUUGGCUGCCUAGCUUAGAGUCAUGGCCGACAUUCGUGAGACCUGCUCUGCGCGCAUCGCGGCGGAGCUCGGAGGAGGAAAUGGAAGAAGAGGCAUACCAAGAAAAGCGCAGGACGAAGCGAGAAAGACGUGUGGAAAUAUUGCGCCGGUUGAUGGAGGUUGUGCUUUUGUCGUCUGUCGGCGGUGUCGUUCUAUAUCAGGAUGGAGCGCGGUCUAUGGCCUGGGAAUGGCGCAAAGAACUUGUUACUCAUGUCAUGGUGGUUUUGGGUCUUUGCGCCACCUACCCGCUCGCUGUUCGAGCAUCUCAAGGGCGAAGCUGGCGCAUCUGGCGCAUCUGGUCCUCGAAACGGAGAUUCUUCUCCUUGCCUGCCAGCUUUGAUCCGGCUCCUCUUUUAUACCCGAUCUUUAUUCCCAUCUUCGUUUCACUGUCGUUGUCCAGCCACGACCCGUCUCUUCUAAUGCCUAAUGUCAUUCUCAGCCUCGCCUCUUUGCCUGCGGCUGCUGUCCCCUUACAACACUGGAUCCAUGGAUUCAGUGUUCUCCACUGGAUGUUGUCCAUGAUUCCCACCCUUGUCGCCGAACAUCUCUCCACGGACAAUACGUGGCCAAAACCCUUGUCGCUUCGCGGGCUCGACGCGGAAUCUUUAAUUCUUCUUUUCCCUUUGCAUCAAGCGUUGAUACCCACUUUAGACUUUUUGUUGACCACUAGCCUUCUUCCCGCUGAGUUGCAACUUUUGACGACUGCUUUGAUCAAUUUGUACUUGUUUGCGGCUUCUCCGCAGGCAGAGAUCCUGAAGGCUCUGCUAUGGCUCGGUGGAAUGUGUUUAUUUGUCUCCUGUCGACAUAUCUUGCGCUGGGAAGUUGCACUGGCGCGGAUCCCAAACUGGAAGUUCCGUCGCGCACCUAAUAGCGCGCAAUCCGCACGCAAAUUCAUCAACAUGAUGGACCAUCGGCUCUGCGAGAAGCUGAGUGGAACAGGCCCUAUUCAUUCUGAUGAUGCUUCCUCCGACAGUGACGGACCAAAUGGAUCUCAAUUCCCGAAGCCGCGUGCCGCAAAGACCAUGCGGGAGGAUCGCUCUGAUGCACCGGCGGAACCUGCUUCUGCGGUGGACAAUAUCACCGCGGAGAAAAUCUUUGAGAAUCACGCUCGCAGUCGGCGACGACACACUAUCUCCACCUUUGAUGAGGCCGUUCGAGAAGAACGGGUUCGCACCACUCCUGGCGGCCGGCGCAAGAAGCUCAUGGGACCCGGCCUUGCCUCGUUCUUGUCACUUACUUCAGCCCAGGCGCAGGUCCGCAAGUGGCUGUACGCAUUCUAUGUGUACGUCGCGGCGUUUCUUAUCAUUGUGGGUCCCAUUCGCAAAUAUGUGGCCGAGCGCGCCUUGCAGGGCCAUGAUCCCUUCGGUUGGGCUAUAGGCUACUUGUUCGGAAACUUCUCCAAAGUUCGUUUCUGGAUUUUGAUGCUGGACCUCGAUCGGUGGAUCGAACUACCGCCUCGACCCGAUGUGGAUCUCCAAGGUGCCUCCUGCUCCCUCGGAUCGAUCGACCAUAUCCGACAGACUACUUUCGGGCCCGCCAUCACCCGUCUUUUACUCAGUGGCUACUGCGCGCUAACUCUUCUCACCGGAUUGGCUAUCGUCAUCCAGCUCAGCAGUGUAGCCGAGGUUGAUACGCGCCGCAAGAUCUUCCAUGGCAUGAUGGUGGUGAUGUUCCUUCCUGCCAUCUUUGUGGACCCCAGCUUUUGCGCCUUGGCGCUCGCCUUGGUUCUCUCCAUAUUCCUACUGCUGGAUCUCUUCCGCGCGUCGCAGCUGCCUCCCAUCUCGCGCCCCCUCACCUAUUUCCUGGCACCUUAUGUCGAUGGUCGGGACCACCGCGGCCCAGUCAUCAUCUCCCACAUUUUCCUAUUGAUCGGGUGCUCGAUCCCGCUCUGGCUGUCCCUCUCCGACCUUCCCCGUUCCGGUCUGGGUCCCUGGGCAGGCUGGGAGAUUGUGUCACGAGACGUCAGCAUGGCAAGCGGUGUAAUUUGCGUUGGCAUGGGCGAUGCGGCUGCCUCUCUCGUUGGCCGCCGUUAUGGCCGAUUGAAAUGGUUCUGGGGCGGUGGGAAGUCGCUGGAAGGCAGCAUUGCCUUUGUAAUUGCUGUCACCUGUGGGUUACUUGCAGUUCGUGCCUGGUUGGUCCUCGGGGGAUGGCCCGUAUCCGGAGUCGAAUCAAUCGAGGCCGACUCCACCGUCCCCUUCUGGGCCUGGACUUUGGUCAAGGCGGUUCUGGCGGCCGCCGGAACCAGCGCCACCGAGGCGAUCCUCACUGGCUGUAAUGACAACGUCGUAGUUCCGGUGGUGCUGUGGCUGCUGGUGCGGGGUCUUGGCGUUUGA